AUGAGGCAGCCUCCGUUGUAUGAGCUGGUGGGCUAUAGGCAGCCCCCCUCCGCCUUACUUCCCAAGCAAACUCAUGACAGGCAGGAGUUUGCUCCGGAGCAGCCGCACAGGCCCGGGGCCAGCAAGGCGGGUGGCCACCCCGCCACCACCACGAGCGAUCCGAAGAGCGAGCAGCAGCUCCUGCGGAAGAAGAUCAACAGCAGAGAGAGGAAGCGGAUGCAAGAUCUCAACCUGGCGAUGGACGCUCUGCGGGAGGUGAUCCUGCCCUACUCGGCGGCGCACUGCCAAAGCUCCCCUGGGCGGAAGCUCUCGAAAAUCGCCACGCUGCUCUUGGCCAGGAAUUACAUCCUCUUGUUGGGAAGCUCGUUGCAAGAGCUGCGGCGGAUCAUCGGGGAAAUGAGCGGCUCCGGCGGACCCCGGCUGCUGCUGGCCGGGCUGCCCCUCUUCGCCGCGGGCCCGGCCCCGGUGCUCCUGACGCCGGCGGGAAACGUCAGCCACCACCACCACCAUCACCACCACCACCCGCAGGACACCCUACGGGCAGGCGCCGGCAAAUACCUCUCGGCGGCCCUGGAGGAGCAGCCCUGCGGCCCUGGGGCCCUGCCGCCCGGCGGGACCAGCCUGUGCGCGUGCGCCAUCUGCAAGCUCCCGCACUUGGUUCCCUCCGGCCUCGGUUUCGCCGCCGUGCAGGCGCAGUUCGCCAAGUGA